AACGUUUGAACGUGCUAUACGAGCGCAAUUGGACUAGUUUGGUGCAAUUUCAAUUGAUGCGCUUCGAACAGUCUGUGCUGAAGGCUGUGGGACGACGCACGGAAUCCGGAAGUAAUGGCGGAAGUAAUAAUAUUAACGACGAGCAGCAUUUGAAAACUGCUCCACAGGUGCAAUGGUCGUUCAGCAGGGCCUUGUUGUACAGCAUCACGGUGGUCACCACGAUUGGAUAUGGAACAAUGUCCCCAAGUACGACGAAUGGCAGAUUGUGCACUAUAUUAUAUGCAUUGUUCGGGGUACCAUUAGCUUUAAUAUGUUUAUCAUCAGUCGGAACCCUUCUGGCUAACGGUUUCACACGACUCUGGAGCAGAUUGUGCUGCAAAUACUGUUUGUCUGAAGUCGACUUCGACUUUCAAUGCGAGGAAGAUGUCAUGCAAAGUUCGUGGAAAACGAAUAAGUCCAUGGAGGGUGUUACUUUUGAUCAAUAUAAUAUAAUAUCUGAAAGACAAAGGAUAAUGCCUCAACGCUAUCGGCAAGAAACACAAUACAUGCAAUGCCCCCAAAUGCAGAAUGAUGAAUAUAAAAUGGGAAUGUGCUCCGAAGAUAGAAUUCAUUCUUUACAAGUUUGUCAAACCUCCUAUCAAUCAAAGUGCAAAAAAGCUAAUCCUUCAGAACAACUACAAAGAUCUAAUAUAAAAUUAGCAACCGUGCGAAGAGGACCAAGACCACCCGAAAUUACUCAACUUAUUGCAGAACAUAGAAUUCAACAUGGAAUUUCAAAUGCAAACAAUAUAAAGUGUAAUGUGUCUAAAGAACUUAUGCAAAGUGAUGAAGAUGAUGACGAUAAUAAUAUUUCAUCCUGUUCGCACGACACACCAUCGCGCGUUCCGUUGAUAUGCCGUUCAACCAUUGUCACCAGCCAUGAUGCAAAUAGAACCAUUUCAAAUAAUAUUGUUAGCCAAAGCAGCAGGGUUACAAGUUCUUCUCUGAACAGCCUGGUGCCGUUGGCGGUUAUUGCUUUAGUUCUUGCCUUUUACAUAGCUCUUGGAGCGUGCAUUUUUUCUCUUUGGGAAGACUGGUCUCUGCUGGAUGGUGCAUACUUCUGCUUCGUGACACUAACUACAAUUGGUUUCGGCGAUAUUUUGCCGUUGCGUUCGUUGAAUGGCAACCAGCUCCAGCUCGUAGCUUGUUGCGGAUAUUUACUGGUAGGCCUGGUGUUGAUUGCUAUGGCAUUUUCCUUGGUUCAAUCGCAAAUAAUGCUGCGAUGUGCAAUUUCUAAUGAACGCUGUUUCAAACACUGAUGUAAGUGAUACACUGUAACCGAAACUGGAAACGCAACAUAUUGUUUAUUGUUGAUUGUGAUUGUGACUAUCACAUAUUUUCAUAAACUAUAUACCAGUAAAUUAUACAAUUGAUUGAUUAAUGUUUAGUUUUUAAGUACGUAGUGUCAAAAUUAAUGCAUUUUAUCAUAUAAA